CGUGAUAGAUGUAAACAGAGAAUGGCGGAAGCGGAGGACACAGAGACUCUUUUGCGCGCUGACAGAGAACGUUCAUCGUCGACAGACAGUAGGCGGCGACACAACCCUUUUAUGUCAUUCCGGAACCGAGAUCGAUGGUCUAACUAUCCUCCCACUAACUAUCACAGAUUGGGCACUAAGACUGUGAAGCGGGUCCAUGGGGAUGAAGGAAGCCUCACACGGGAUGUGGAGAACAGCACAGACAAUGAUGAGAGAGAGAUCACCAUUGACAACGAGCAACCCAUUCCGGAGAAACUACUGUCUGCCAGGUUUGAGAGUCUGGACUAUGACAUCUGUGAGAAUGUGCUGUACCAACGCGAGGAGAAGCAGAAGACUACCAAGGGCAUCAUCCGGAUGGAGGUGGCGCGCUGGUUUGUGUCGCUGGUUAUCGGAGUGCUCACAGGGCUGGUGGCAGCCUUCAUUGAUGUCAUGGUGGAGAAGUGCUCCUCCCUAAAGUACAACUAUGUCAAAAAGUAUGUGGACAGCUGUGUUGAGAACCACUGUCUCUACUUACCCUUCCUCCUGUGGAUCGCAUUCAAUGCCGGCAUCUGCAUGUUUGGCGCCAUCAUCACAGCGUUUGGCGAGCCGGUGGCAGCUGGGAGUGGCAUCCCCCAGAUCAAGUGCUACCUCAAUGGCAUCAAGAUACCUCACGUCGUCCGCUUCAAAACUCUGGUCUGCAAGGUGGUCGGGGUUGUCUGUGCUGUGGCAGGAGGUCUGGCUGUAGGGAAGGAAGGCCCGAUGAUCCAUUCUGGGGCUGUCAUAGCAGCUGGGGUGUCCCAGGGGCGCUCGACAUCGUUCAACCUGGACUUCAAGAUAUUUGAAUACUUCCGCACGGACACAGAGAAGAGAGACUUUGUGUCUGGUGGGGCAGCCGCGGGCGUGGCAGCAGCAUUUGGAGCACCUGUGGGAGGGGUGUUGUUCUCCUUGGAGGAGGGGGCCAGCUUCUGGAAUCAGGGGCUCACCUGGAGGAUCUUUUUUGCUUCCAUGACCUCGACCUUCACCUUGAACAUUGUACAGAGCUAUGUCAAAGGUCAUGCUUGGGAUCUUUCAUCACCUGGUCUUAUCAACUUUGGAAAAUUUGAUAACACUCAGUAUUCUGGUUUCGAGAUCCCUAUAUUUCUAAUAAUGGGAGUUAUUGGUGGGUUGUUAGGGGCUCUGUUCAAUCAGAUCAACUACAAGCUGACUGUCUACAGGAUGAGAUUCAUCCAGAAGAAGUGGAAGCAGGUGUUGGAAGCGAUGAUUGUGGCAGCCAUGACAGGCCUAGUGGGCUAUAUUUCCAUCUACUUCAACAAUGACUGCGAACCCAUGAAGGGCAACUCGGAGGAAGUUCCCAUACAGUUUUUCUGCCAAGAUGGCUACUUCAGCUCAACAUCCAGCAUCUUCUUCCAGACACCUGAAGCUAGUGUCAAGAACCUCUUCCAUGAGGAUGUCGGAUCCUACAACAUGGCGACACUGGGAUUCUACACCCUUGGUUAUUUCUUCUUGGCGUGCUGGACAUAUGGCCUGAGCGUGCCCAGUGGUUUAUUUAUUCCCAGCCUUCUGAUUGGUGCAGCCUGGGGUCGGAUGUUCGGUAUCGUGCUACAGUACCUGGUCCCACAUGCGGACUGGGCAGACCCGGGCAAGUAUGCUCUGAUCGGAGCAGCUGCUCAACUGGGUGGUAUUGUCCGGAUGACAAUCAGCCUGACUGUCAUUGUGAUGGAGGCAACUAGCAACGUGACGUUUGGUCUUCCCAUCAUGAUUGUGUUGAUGGUGGCCAAAUGGGUUGGUGACUUCUUCAACGAGGGGAUCUACGACAUGCAUGUGCACCUGCAGGGGGUCCCCAUCCUGGGCUGGGAGCCGCCAGACAUGAGCGCCAACAUCUUCGCCACUGAGGUGAUGAGUCAUCCAGUGACGGUGUUCAGGUCGGUUGAGUCGGUGGGACGUAUAAUGGAUCUGCUGAAGAAGGAGACUCACAAUGGCUACCCUGUGGUGGAUGACUACAGUCCUGACCGAUGUAUACGAAGAGGCUUGAUGUACGAAUCAUUUGGGACUUUCGAGGGCAUGAUCCUUAGGUCUCAACUUAUCAUGCUCAUCAAAUUCAAGGUGUUUAACGAGAAUCCUGACAUCAACAGUCUUCAAACCACAUUGAAGUCGGUGGACUUUCGGGAUGCCUACCCACGAUAUCCUCCUAUACAGCUUUUAAAUGUGACACCUCAGGAGCGAGAAAUGACCAUUGACUUGCGGCCAUUUAUGAAUCCUGCUCCAUACACAGUCAUCGAUUGUGCCUCCUUACCCAGGAUAUUCAAGUUAUUCCGAGCAUUGGGUCUGCGCCAUGUCAUCGUCGUCAACAAAGAACAUCAGGUGAUUGGCAUGGUUACCAGGAAAGACCUUGCUCGCUACAAGAUCUGGCGGCACAGAGGGCAGAUUAGCAUGGAAGAGCUUCUAGUCUCUCACAGCUGAUGAAAGACACUGGCGUGAUAAUGACACUGAUUAAUACUCUGUUCUUGUAGUGAGAUUCCAUGAUGUGAGCUAGUCCUCAGUGCUGGUAUAACAUUCCACCAUGAACAUAUUGGUACACUUGUCUGGAUGGAGUGUGUGAGUGAGUGACUUUACUUGUUGAUUGUUAUGGUGGACAAGUUUUGGAUGGUGUUAACACAAAGGGAGAUAACUGAGAAUGGUUCUAGGAGACUGAUGGACCUGUACAGCUGAUGGAGUUUCCCCUUUGCCUCAAGGCUCCUGUCUUGUGGUACUUGUGCCAGUUAAUGGACAUUAUACUAUUAUGCUACCUUAUUACUGGCAAACAAGGAUAAAUUGAGCACCGACCUGACAAUUGACCCGUAUUAGCAUGUAUGAGUGCCCCCUACUGGCGCUUGCCAUUGUUGGCCAAGGGGCCCCAGGUUGUCCGCGAUCCAGUGUAGUGCGACUUACUACACCGACGUGAGAGUCCUAUGAGCAAGGCGUGUGCAGCUAUGAGUGGAAUCAAUUUCAUCGUCAUGCAAUGCACGUUCACAAGCCUACAUCUGUUCUUCCUUUCACAAACCAAAUGGGUUUGCUCAUUGCCGUACAUCGCCUACUUCUCGUAAACGCGUUCUCUGCGCCGGUCCAACUUAUCCUUGUUUGCCAGUAUGUCAAUGUAUCAUUUCCAUUGUUCUAAUCAUCUGUGUGCAAUAUGACGACCAAGUUCACGUGCUGUGAGGAAAUUAAGAUUAUUUUUCCGUAACAGCAGAUCUGUAAUAGUACAUUCCUUGGUGGUAUUAUAUUACAUUGGAGUUAUCUCCAAUAUCUCAAUA